UUGAGCUCAUUUACAUUUUUUUACUCGUUGUGGAAAAGUCAGUAAACACAUUUGUUGGCUAUUAUUUCAACAUUUAUACAAAAAUUCCAAUAGUUAAUGGUUUUUAAUUUAAAAUAUCGAAAAAAAAAACCUAAAUUGGAGUGGACGUUUGACGGAAUCCCACUUUGGUAAAACAAAAAAAUAUUUGUGGGUAAAUUAGUCGUAAUUCUCUUACGAGAGAGGAUUGUGAAGAGGUGUCAACCACUUUUAAACUUCACAAGCAACAAAUUACGGACCUGCAUAUUUCAUUUUUAAAAAGGUCUAAAGUUUAGAUCUUAUCAGCGCGCGCCACAAUUCAGUUUCCCCUGGAUCGCUUUCCAACACAAGUCUUGUGUUUAUCGGGCGCCAAAGUAAUAAGCUAUCGAUUCGGUGCCAUCACUAGCACACCUCGUCGCACGUCUCGCUCCUCACUAUCCGCACAAAAAGCACGAAGCGCGUGCAGCUUGAAAUUUGUCAGAUUAUAUAUAUUCCGGAUAGGAUCUAGGAUCGGACAAUGGGCAACGUGCUAGCGGCAUCCUCAUCCAGCAGCGGCAGCAGCUUGGGCCUGGGCCUGCUCGAGCCGGUGCCAGCGGAAUCUGUCACCUCAUCCGGCGGCUCUGGCUCUUCGUCCUCUUCCACCUCCCCCUCGUCCGCCUACUCUCCGGUGGAUUUUGGAGCGGCGACGAAAGAGGGACCGCUGGAGAACCCGGGAACCGUCGAGGAUUUGCAUAAGAAGUGCAAAGAUCUCCAAGCCAUCACCUUCGAAGGCGCCAAAAUCAUGCUCAACAAGGGACUGAGCAACCACUUCCAGGUCUCGCACACCCUCAACAUGAGUAAUGUGGUGCCCAGCGGCUAUCGGUUCGGCGCCACCUAUGUGGGAACCACGCAAUACAGCCCCACGGAGGCCUUCCCAGUGCUUCUCGGCGAUAUUGAUCCAUCUGGAAACCUGAAUGCCAAUGUCAUCCACCAGUUCUCGCCGCGUAUCCGCUGCAAGUUUGCCUCGCAGGUCCAGGAGUCUAAGAUGGUGGCCUCACAGCUGACGACCGACUACAAGGGCAACGAUUACACCGCGUCGCUGACGGUGGCCAAUCCGAGCAUAUUCACAAACUCCGGAGUCAUCGUUGGCCAGUAUCUGCAGUCCAUUACCUCGUCCAUAGCCUUGGGCGCCGAGCUGGCCUACCAGUUUGGCCCCAACGUGCCCGGCCGUCAGAUUGCCAUUGUUUCGGCCGUGGGUCGCUACUCGUCGGGCAACUCGGUGUGGUCCGGCACCCUGGGGCAGAACGGCAUGCACUUGUGCUACUACCAGAAGGCCAGCGACCAGCUGCAGAUCGGCGUGGAGGUGGAGACCAGUCUGCGGAUGCAGGAGUCCGUGGCCACGCUUGCCUACCAGAUCGAUCUGCCCAAAGCGGAUCUUAUCUUCCGAGGAGGAAUUGAUUCCAACUGGCACAUCUCUGGAGUGCUGGAGAAGCGGCUGCAGCCAUUGCCAUUCACGCUGGCCCUGAGUGGCCGCAUGAACCACGUUAAGAACAACUUCAGACUAGGCUGCGGGCUAAUGAUCGGCUAAACCGCAUCCAACACACACCACACACACAGCAGGGCAGAUAAUCCCACUUCAGCUAGCCAGAGAACCCCCCAGCACCCAGCCAACCACCUCCUACCUUAACUUCACAUCAUCCGCUGACUAAAACUAGCAAGGGGGUGCAUUCAGCAUGUACAUAGCGUAUAUGUGUAAACUGUCUGGCAAGGGAUCUUCAUGACGAUCUGUCGUUUGUGUAUAUUAGAAAGAGUUGUAUCAGGGAUCGGGGGUCCUAGGAUCUAGGAUACUAGCCUACCCAGUGUGUCGUCCGUUGUCCGUUGCCCGUUGCCUGUUUGCCAAAGGCCUUACAUUAUCUACCCGUAUCUGAAAUCCCCACGAACAGAGUCGUAAAUGCGGAGCUCCGUAGUUCAAAAGAAAUGCAAAAUGAGAAAAUAUUCCACAAUUAUUACUAUAAUAAUAUUACACAUUUUUUCACUCACCACCCGAUCACACACACACACACACACAACUGUACAUUUUAAGUUGCUUCCUAGAAGAGAAAAGAGGAGAGUACGCAUUUAUUUAGAAGAUCAAGAUCGAGAUCCAGCUAUAUCGCAAUCGCCCAACUGAACUAUAGAACCCGAGCCGCAGCCGAAGCCGCCGUAUAAAUGCGUAUGAGAAAUACAUGUUAUAAGCUUAACUAAAAAUUGGUAACAAACUGCUUUAAGUUUAUGAUUUAAAAGUUUACAAUUAGUUCUAAUGACAAAGCCCUUGUUGAAUCAACUUUUAUUACUUGAUGGCGCGAGGAUAGAGGCGGAUGAGGACGGAAAGAGGCGCCGCCAUGUUGUGAGGGGGGGAACCAAACAAACACACACAUAUUAAGCAAAACGUUUAAAAGAACACAGAAAAUCAAGCCCAAGAAUAUGUUAAUUUUGUGAAGUAAUUAAUUUACCUUGUAAUUUACCCGUUUCCCUAAAACAAAAUAAAUGAAAAACAAAACCA